CCACGUGACGGGGCCGCGCGAGCGUUCAGUAUGGCGUCUCCCACGGAGCGGAGGAAGGCAGCUAGAGCGGGAGCAGGAGCCGGAGCCCGGCAGGCACGCGACCAACCGCCGCCGCUGCUCCCGUUGCCGCUGCUCGAUUCGGUGGACGAUGCCGAAGGGCUCUACGUGGCUGUGGAGCGCUGCCCGCUCUGCAACACCGCCAGAAGGCGCCUCACCUGCGCUAAAUGUAUCCUGGCCGGAGAUUUCGUAUAUUUCGACAGCAGGAACUCGGAGAGGUAUGCUGACAAGAUGGAAAGGUUAAAACAUUUGAGGAAUGAGAAGGAAAAGUAUCAGCAACAAGUUAUAAAAGCUAUCGAAGGCAAGUGGAAAACUGAUCAAUUGAAAUGGAAGAUUAUGUCAUGCCAAAUAAGGAUUGAACAGCUGAAAGACGCAAUUUGUUGUGGAAAUGAGGAAGUACAUAGAGAGAAAGAAUUGGUAUUUAAAAAUCAGGAAGACAACCAAAAGUUGCAGCGCCGGGCCCAAAGACAUCAAGAAAAAAAGGACAAAAUUCAGAGACUCAUCCGUAAACUUAAUGAUUUGGUUGAGAGGAAAAAUAUUGAGUUCUGGAAUCGACAAGAACACCUAGCCCGCAACCGUUGGACACACAUCCUGGAACUAACACAUGUGAUUUUCCCUCUACAAGAGGUGAAAAUAGGAAUGAGGGAUCCAGCAGAUGCAACGUUUGAAUCUGACAGUGGCAUGACCUCCAGUACUGUGAGUGAGCUGGCAGAGGCAAGGAGAACUACUUAUCUCUCUGGAAGAUGGAUCUGUGACGACAACAAUGGAGAAACCAACAUAGGGAUUGUAGGACGCUGGAUAUAUCUGCCGAGCAAUGGGGAUUAUUCGGCUUACUAUAACUGGGUGGAAGAGAAGAAAACUGCACAAGGGCCAGAUAUGGAGCAAAGUAAUCCAGCCUAUACCAUCAGUGCAGCAUUGUGCUACGCCACACAACAGGCAAAUAUACUUUCUCACAUUCUUGAUGUAAAUCUCCCCAAAAGACUUUGCAACAGUGAGUUUUGUGAAGAGAACAUGAACAGAAAGAAGUUCAUUCGAGCAGUGAAUAAGCUAAACACAAACAUCCUACAUCUCUGCUUUUCCCAGCAUGUUAACCCAGAACUGUUGCAUCCCUUGCAUACACUCCGAAAUAUUAUGCACCUGGUCAGUCCUGAAAAUAAAAAUCUGGGCAGAUCUGGGCCUUUCGAAAUCAGUGCUGAUCUUGAAGAUUCAAUGGAGUUGGUAGAUCCAAAUAUUGCUGCUCAAACGGAUGAGAGUGGUGAUGAAUAUAUAACUGAUGAAGAGACUGACUUGGGAACAGAUUGGGAGACUGUACCCAGUCCUAAAUUUUAUGAUAUCCCUUCUCAGCCAGUGGAAGUACUGCAAAGCCAAGCCAUGCAAGCAUCUCAGCCAAUUAGCAAUAGUAACAGCACAGGUGGUAUGAUCUCUUCUGCAGCAGCUUCUGUUACAUCAUGGUGGAAACAAUACUAUGGACACCGCUGAUGACUUGCUGAAUUAGAACAUAAACUUCCAAUAAAUAGAAAACGUGUGAAAACGACACUUGAAUAGUGCCUAUAAAACACAAUAACAAAACUGGACAAUUGUGUUUAUAUGGAUCAGAGGCAUACAACCACUAAAAACUGCAACUGGCCAAAUUCUGAUUUGGCAUAAUGGAACUACCUUCCCUGUUGAGUAAGCUAAUGCAAAAUUGAGACUGGUGUUGUUAGGAGCAAUUUUUGGUCAAGUAUUACUCAUUUUUAUAGAAAAAUACUGAUCUCAGUAAAUUGUGUUUCAAAAUCGUCAAUUUUAUUGCUGACAUUGUGAUCCAUAAGUCAAACCUCUUUAAUAGAAUGCACUGGCAGAAGGGGGUGUUGGUGGGCAGUUUAUAACUUCAUAAUGAACUCAAAUGUCACCUUGAUCAAGGGAAUCCAAAUGAGAGAAUUUAGAGUAUGGUUUCAUCAAAUUGGAUGGAAUCAGGUUACCUCAUGGGCUGUUUUCAGUGACACUUGACACCCCCCCUAGUUGUUAACCUGGUAUGCUCCCUAUAAUUGCCAUCACAACAGAUAUUUGCAAGGUUGUAUCUGAAACAGGUCAGUGAUAAAAUUUACAUUUUUUAAAAUAAGUAAAACUAAGUAGUAUGUGCUAUGACCAUAUUCUUGUAUGAAAAGGAAUCAGAAUCAAACAAAGGGCCAUUUGGCUCAUCAUGCGCUGUCCAAUUAGUCCCCUUUACCUGCUCUUUUCCCCAUAUUCCAUAAUUUUUUUCCUUUCCAACUCUUUCAAAAUCAUUAGUGAAUUGCUUUCACUCCCUUUGGGAGAGUGCAGAUCAUAAGGGAAAAAAAUACACUGCCAACUGUUAUAUUGCCCACUACUUUAAAUGUGACUGGUAACCCUUCUGCCACAGGUGGUAAAUUCUCCUUAUUUACUCUAUCUUCAAGAUUUUGGCCACUUAUCAGAUCUCCCCGUUCUUUCCUUGAAGGAGAACAGCCCCAAUUUCCAUAGUUCCUCCAGAUAGCUAAAAAUCUUUCAUCUCUAGUUCCACACUAGUAAAUUCUUGCAUCGUCAUUAGAAGGGAUGGCAAUGGCAUAAAGUACAGUGCUCAAAAAUGGCUUAAUACUUGAGCUGGGACCUAUCCAGCGUAUUUUAAAAUUUCCACAGAAUUUCUUUGCUUUUGUAAUCAAAGCCUCUAUCUCUAUAUAAAGCCAAGGAUCUUGUCUGCUUUUUAAACAGCCUUCUCAACUUGUUCUGCCAACUUCAAAAACGUGUGUACAUACACCCCUGCUCUCUGUUCCUGUUGCCCCUUAAAAUUGUACCAUUUAGUUCCUAUUGCCUCUCCUCAUUCUUCCUAUCAAAAUGAAUCACUUUGCACUUCCAUAUUAAAUUUCACCAGCUUAUGUACGUCCUCCUAAAGCAUGUUAGUAUGCUUCUCAGUUUAUUACAUUUGAAUUUUGUGUGAUCUGUAUACUUUGAAAUUCUACCCAAUAGACCCAGGUCCAGGCCAUUAAUCUAUUUUCAAAAAGCAGUGGUUCCAGCACUGAACCCUGGGUUAAGGUUUGUAUAAAUACAUUCUUUCCUCUAAUCGGGGAAAAAAAUUACCACUACUGAAACUUCUCCCUCAGCUACUUUUGUAUCUACACAGCUACAGUCUCGUUAAUCAAUUCCAUGGACUUCAAUUUUGCUAAAGUCUAUUGAGGCACUGUCAAAUUUCUUUUGGAAGUCCAUAUAUACAUCAGCUGUACUACACUAAUCUGCCCUCUGUCACCUCAAAGAACUCAAGUUUGCCAAACAAGAUUUAUCAGUAAUAAAUUUGUGCUGACUUUCAUUUAUUCACCCAUACCUUCCCAAGUGCCAAUUAAUUGUGUCCUGGGUUCAUGUUUCAAAGUAUCUUCAAGCUUUUCCUCUAUCGGAUGAGUUAUAGAAUACAAAAGCAGGGAUGUAAUGAUGGAACUGUAUAAAACGCUGGUUAGGCCACAGCUGAAAUUCUGAGCACAGUUUUGGUUGCCACAUUACUGGAAGGACGUAAUUGCUCUGGAGAGAAUGCAGAGGAGAUUUACAAGAAUGUUGAAAAUUGCAGCUAUGAGAAACAAUUGGAUAGGCUGGGGUUGUUUUCCUUGGAACUGGGGAGGCUGAGGACCCCACAGCUUGGGGGAAACAGGGCAUUCCUGUCUACUCAAGCUUGGCCCAAUAACCAGGGGACACAGAUUUAAGGUGAUUGGUAGAAAUAGAGGGGACAUAAGGAAAAAACUUCUUCACCCAGAGAGUGCCUGGUUUGGUGGUGGAGGCAGAAAUCCUCAGCUCAUUUAAAAGACACCUGGAUCUGCGUCUAAAAUGUGGUAAACUGAGAGGCUACGGAACGGGUGCUGGAAGGUGUAAUUAAAAUGAGCAACUAGUUUUUUUUCUUUUUUGGCUGGCGCAGAUAAGAUGGGUUGAAUGGCCUCUUUCUGUGCUGUAACAUUUGUGGUUAUCUCCAUCUCUAAGCUUAUUAGCCUGUAAUAGCUGGACUUUGUUUUAAAACAGCAGUUUAAUAUUUGUUCUCCUGUCCUAUGGCACUACUCCCAUAUUUAAGCAGACCAGAGCCUCUGCAAUUUUCCACCCUUAGUUUUCUCAGGAACCUAAGAUGCAUCCCAUUCAGACCAGGUGAAUCUUCAGUUUUAAUGAUGGAAAUUUAAGUACCUUUUUGCACCUAUCCUUGUCCUAUUCAAAUUUCUCUACUACCCACUCUUAUUGUGACAUUGGCAACACCCUUUUAAUGAAGACAGAUGAAAAGUGCUCAUUUAGUACCUUGGGCAUGAUCUCUGCACUCCACAAGAUGAUCUCAUUUUUGAACCCCCGUUGACCCUACUCUUCCUUGGACUAUGUUUAUAAACGAGUUUUAGGUAUACUUUUAUAUUACCUGCUAAUCUAUUCCCGUACACUAUUUUUGUCCUCAUUUCUUUCUUCAGUUCACUCCUGUACUUGUAUUCAGUCAGCAUGGCUCUCUACAGAAUUAUGAACCUGACAUCAUAAGCUCCUUUUACUAUUUCAUUUUAAUCUCUAUAUCUUCAGUCACAGGAACAUAAGAAAUAGGAGAAGGCCAUUCAGCCCCUCAAGCCUGCUUUUUGACAUUCAGUAAGAUCAUAGCUGAUCUGUUUGAUUUGAAUUCCACAUUCCCUUGCCUAACAAGAAUCUAACUACCUCUGCCUUAAAAAUAUUCAAUUACCCCAUCUCUGCUGCUUUGAGGCAGUAUUGCAAAGUUGCACAAACCUCAAAAAAUUUCUCAUUUCUGUCCUAAAAGGACAACCCCAAAUUUUAAAAACAGUGCCCUCUAGUUCAUCCAGGAAGCUGUAGCUUUGGCUGCCCUCUGGAAAUGUGUCUAGAUACACCGUGUAUUUCCUCUUUGAAGGCCUCCCAUUGCUCAAUUACUGUUUAAGUGCCAGUCUUUGAUUCUAAUCCACCUGAGUAACAUUUCAAUUCACUGAAAUUAGCUCUUUUACAGUUGAAGGAAUCAUACAUUGCGUAAGAAAUUACUACACCUGCACUUUGCUCCUCUUUUCAAUAAUCAAACCCGACGUGAAACUAUAUUGUUCUUCAGAACUGAAUUAUGCCAAAGUACAUUUUAAAGAACAGUCCUAUUCUGAUGAGGUGUUAUGUUUUACCACCUUCUGUUUUACUGGGUCAAUUUAGUUCGACUGCUGUAGGCAAUUAACCAUGUUGAGUAAAUUAGCUUUGAUUAAAUCAAGGCAAUAGAAUAGCAAAUAUUAGUUUAGUUUAAACAGUUGCUAGUUAAAUUUAAGCAAUUGCAUGGUUUGAUCAAUAUUUAACUUCUGAAUCAUGCAAUUAAUUACCUUCACUACCUUGCGAUCAGAUGGUAUGAAGACAAAGCUUCAGAGUUUUGAUAGAACUUCAUUUCAAAUAGUUAAUAUUACUUCACAAUUUUACAAGGUCCUGUAUCAAUCACGUAGUGUUAAAACUAUAGUAAAGUUAGCAGUAUUCACUAAAAUUACAUAGCUGCAGCAGGUUAUAAGGGGCUGAAUGGUCUACUUCUGUUUCUGAGUACUUAUAUAUUUUAGAUUUCUAGCACCGUUGACACAGAAUAUCAUAACAAUCAAUUAUUUUUAACAUUCACAAUUUUAUUUUUGCUUAACCAACUUGAUAGGAAGUUUUUUGUUGUUCAUUGGCAAGGCUAGCCUUUUUUGUCCAUCUCUAAUUGCCCUUAAGAAAUUUUUACAUCAAAAUUGUUCAGAAGAUUGUAAAUCCCACACCGAUUUACUUGCCCGCAAGAAGAGCCAAGAGUCAGUAGGAAAAGAGAAUGGAGUAAUAAUCCAACUUGCAAUAGCUAGUAGCUAGAAUUGAUCUUGUAUUUAAAACAUUUAACUUUGAUUUUGUGAUUUAAAUAUGUUUUUAUUGUGUUCUUGUAGACAGAUUUCUAGUCUCUCAGGGAAUUGAGGGAUAUGGAGAGUGGGUGGGAAAAUUGAUUUGAAGCCUGUGAUCGUAUUGAAUGGUGGGGCAGGCUCGUUGGGCCAAAUGGUCUACUCCUGCUUUCAUUUGUGUGCGUUUCAUUUUCCACUAAUAGCAACGGUUGUAAUGGGCUGCUAAAAGAAACACCCUUCUAUAUUUAUAAUUUAAUAUGCUAUAUAAAAAAUAAAUUGAUAGUGAAUUAUUUAAAA